AUGUCAGAGGCCAGCGCUUUGACCAGUGCCGCCUGGUGGCUCUCCCCACUCCGCAGGGACAGGGACAUGGGGCUCUCUGUCCCCCUGUGGCUUUGGCUGCUGCAUGCCGCCACGUGCCUCGCCAGCAGCCCGAACCCCAGCUACAGCACAGUGGCCAAGAAGGAGAUCAGCACGGAAGGGGACCUGGUCAUUGGGGGGCUGUUCCCGGUGCACGAGAAAGGUAGCUCCAACGAGGAGUGCGGCAAGAUCAAUGAGCACCGAGGGAUCCAGCGCCUCGAGGCCAUGCUCUUCGCCUUGGACGAAAUCAACAAAGACCAGCGCAUCCUGCCAGGGAUCACGCUGGGGGCCCACAUCCUGGACACCUGCUCCAAGGACACCUACGCCCUGGAGCAGUCUCUGGAUUUUGUCCGUGCCUCCCUGACCCGAGUGGAUGGCUCCGAACACAUCUGCCCUGACGGCUCCUACGCCAUCCACGAUGACGUUCCCAUGGCAAUUACCGGGGUCAUCGGGGGCUCCUACAGCGACGUCUCCAUCCAGGUGGCCAACCUGCUGCGACUCUUCCAGAUCCCGCAGAUCAGCUAUGCCUCCACCAGCGCUAAGCUCAGUGACAAGUCUCGCUACGACUACUUUGCCCGCACCGUCCCACCAGACUUCUACCAGGCCAAGGCCAUGGCCGAGAUCCUGCGCUUCUUUAACUGGACCUAUGUCUCCACAGUGGCCUCGGAGGGUGACUACGGUGAGACAGGUAUUGAGGCCUUUGAGAUGGAAGCCCGGGCCCGCAACAUCUGCAUCGCCACCUCCGAGAAGGUGGGGCGCUCCAUGAACAAGAAGACCUUCGAAGGAGUGAUCAAAGCCCUCCUGCAGAAGCCCAGCGCUAGGGUGGUGGUGCUGUUCACCCGCAGCGAAGAUGCCCGGGAGCUGCUGGCGGCCGCGCAGAGAAUCAAUGUCUCCUUCACAUGGGUGGCCAGUGAUGGCUGGGGUGCCCUGGAGAGCGUGGUGGCGGGAAGCGAGUUGGUGGCGGAGGGGGCCAUCACCAUUGAACUGGCAGCCUACCCCAUCCAGGAGUUUGCCAUCUAUUUCCGGAACCUCAACCCCUACAACAACAGCCGGAACCCCUGGUUCCGGGAGUUCUGGGAGCACAAGUUCCAGUGCAGCUUCCAUACGCAGGACUGCAGCCGGCACUCGCUGAAGACAGGCAAGUUCGAGCAGGAGUCCAAGAUCAUGUUUGUGGUCAAUGCUGUUUACGCCAUGGCCCACUCCCUCCAUAACAUGCACCAGGCGUUGUGCCCCAAUGCCACCAAGCUGUGUGACUCCAUGAAGCCGGUUAAUGGCAAGAGGUUCUACAAGGACUUCAUGCUCAAUGUCAAGUUUGACGCUCCAUUCAGGCCAGCAGACACCAAAGGCAUUGUUCGAUUUGACCGCUAUGGUGAUGGAAUCGGUCGUUACAAUAUCUUCAACUACCACAGAGCGGAUGGGAGAUAUAGAUACCAGAAGGUGGGCUACUGGGCAGAAGGGCUUACCCUGAACACCACCCUCAUCCCCUGGGCGAAGACCUCUGUUCCCGUGUCCCAGUGCAGCGACCCCUGCAAGAAGAAUGAAAUGAAGAGCAUGCAGCCGGGGGACAUGUGCUGCUGGAUAUGCAUCCCAUGCCAGCCUUACGAAUACCUGCUGGAUGAAUUCACCUGCAUGGACUGUGGUCUAGGAUACUGGCCCAAUGAUACCCUGAAUGGCUGCUAUGAGCUACCACAAGAGUACAUCCGCUGGAAAGACGUCUGGGCCAUUGGGCCAGUUACGAUCUCUUGCUUGGGUUUCCUCUCCACCCUCUUUGUCUUUGGGGUUUUCAUUAAGAACAAUGACACUCCCAUUGUGAAGGCCUCAGGCCGCGAACUCUGCUACAUCCUCCUCACUGGGGUCCUGAUGUGCUACAGCAUGACUUUCAUCUUCAUUGCAAAGCCCUCCACCGAGGUCUGCACCCUGCGGCGCUUGGGGCUGGGAACCUCCUUUGCAGUCUGCUACUCUGCCCUCUUGACCAAGACCAACCGGAUCGCUCGGAUCUUCAGCGGGGUGAAGGAAGGGGUCCAGCGCCCACGCUUCAUAAGCCCCACCUCACAGGUGGUCAUCUGCAUGGCCCUCAUCUCCUGCCAGAUGAUCAUCGUCAUCAUCUGGCUCAUGGUGGAGACCCCCGGCACGGGGAAGGAGACAGAGCCUGACAAAAGGUACAUUGUCACCCUCAAGUGCAACAACCGCGACUCCAGCAUGCUCAUUUCACUGACCUACAAUGUGCUCUUGAUCAUCUUGUGUACAGUCUAUGCCUUCAAGACCAGGAAAUGCCCUGAAAACUUCAAUGAGGCCAAGUUCAUUGGAUUCACCAUGUACACCACGUGCAUCAUCUGGCUGGCCUUCCUGCCCAUCUUCUAUGUGACCUCCACCGACUACCGCGUGCAGACCACCACCAUGUGCAUCUCCGUCAGCCUUAGCGGCACCGUGGUCCUCGGCUGCCUGUUCACCCCCAAACUCCACAUCAUCCUCUUCCAGCCCCAGAAAAACGUCACCAGCCACCGCGUGGCCACCAACCGGUUCAGCGUGACUGCAGCAGGCUCCAGCCACUCGCACGGGUCGGCCUCUCAGUCCGUCCCCACGGUGUGUAACGGCCGCGAAGUGGUGGACUCCACGACCUCAUCCUUAUGA